AUCGAUCACGCACAACUAUCCCUUGCUCACAAAUCAGCAAACAACGCAUCAGUCGAUCUGGUGUCGGUCUUGUCCCAUGCCGUCCAUCACGAACAAGACGGUAUGUGUGGCAAGAAGGUCCAUUGCUCGACUGAGUCUCCCGACAUCCAUCUGGCGUCUGGCGUCCCAAUCAAUUGAAAAAGGAACACGACUAGCCACUUCAUGCAUCUAUCCUGGCGUGGCUGCCUCCCUCCCUCCCUCCCUCCCUCCCUCCUGUCGUGGCUGUCUGCCGAUGCAAUCGCUACUUGUCCUGCAGCAGGGGAUCCGUCACCAAGGCUGGUUGCUGCGGUCUUUGCUCAACGGGUGGCAGCAGGCGGCUCCCCAGUGCUUCAAGCCUCCUGACACACACACACACACACACGAGUGGUGUUCAUUCGGCAGGUCUCAAGUCAGUCACUCACCUGAGGCGGGCCUCCCCACCCCACUUGCGCAGCAGGUUUUCUCGAAACUGUCGCGCCAUCCGCAAGGAAAUCAUGCCACACCUCUCGACGAACGCCUUCCGAUACUCGUCCUUGAUCGUCUGCACAUACGGACACACGCACCCAGGACCACCUGUGUCUGUCUUCGUGUGUACGUUGAGCUCAUGCGUGUGUGUGCGCACCCACCCCGUCUUCGUUGAGUACGGCGUCGAGAAGAUGUAUGUGCUUCAUCCAGAGGUUUGAGGUGUCAAGGAUGCACGGCAGCUCGUCGUCAAUCGAAUCAAUGGCCUUCACCACCCUUUUCCAAGCAUCCCAGUCCUCCUCGCUCUUCGGAUAUCUUCCCUCAGGUUCUCUCUUGCUCCACUCGCAGCCCAUCAUGGUACCGCUUUUUCCUCCGGAGGGG